CAAAGCGGAAGUUUUGGUUUGUCAGGAUCAAUGGUGAAAGAAGAAGUGAGGUGACUUCACUAAACUCAGGACAUGCCCAAGAAGAGGAAACGCAGGAAGUCUACAUCUUCAAGUGAGGAUGAUCAUGCAAGGACAUCAACAAAGAAAACUAAAAAAGCCAAGAGGAAAUAUACAUCGCACCACAGCAGAGAGAGGAGCAGGUCACCUAAAACCAGAGAAGACCACCGCUCUCGUAAAGAUGAGACCCAAAGCAUACGCCAAACUAAAAAGCUGGAAAAAACAAGAUCCAGAAGAGCAGAGUCCCCCAUUUUUAAGGAAGAAGAACGUAGAAACAGUAAAAAAUCUGAAAGCAAGUCAUCCAAACACAGUUCUAGUAAAACAUCUUCCAGGGAUAAGAUUAGAGCACAGAAAAGGGACAUUUUAAUACCAAGAUCAGUUUCAGUUGCUCAAAAAGUUCAAAGCCAGAAUGAAUCGUCAAGAAAAAAGAGAUGCGAUGUUUCAGAGACCACCUCCAUUAAAGCCACAGAAGCAAAAAAGCCCUUGCUAAUUCCCAAAGAUCCAGCGCCUUCUAAGAAAAGUGAGCCAGAAAAACAAAAACGGACAUAUGCAAAAACUAGCCUUAAACCAGCUACCGGUGUUUUGCCAUUGCAUCAACACAAGAUACUGAAAGCUAGCUCCAUUGUCCCUGCUCAACUUCCUUCUAAAAAAACAGAUGUGGCAGAAAAAUUUGCAAAAGACUACAAAAUUUCAGAGUCAUCCAGUGGCAGUACAAAAUCAUCAAAUCAAAAUGUUAAAAAGACAGAUUCCAAGCCAGCAUUUCGUAACAGCUUUUUACCUGUGGACCCCUCCCCAUCUCUCACCUCUAAUUUGCUUUCAGACUUCAAAAUUCCUGCUGUCAGUGUUAAAACUGUUGCCGAGGGGAAAUUGGCAAAAGACAAAAAUAAGACAUUGCCAGUAAAAAGUGAUGAUAAAGCUUUACCUGUGCACUUUACAGACCAAUUGUCAUCUAAAACUACUGCUACUAAAACUACUACCUGGGCAACCACAGCUACAACAUCUAACCUUAAAACAACAGUUAAAGUCUCACCAUCACAGCAGCGAAAGACUCUAAAAGAAACCAGUACUGUCCCUUCUUUUCCACCCCCUGCACUUCUGAAAUUUAAAAUCCCUAAAAAGAAAGUUGUGGCAGAAAUAUUAGUAAAAGAUAACACAACUCUACCUAUUCACAGUGAUCAGACCUCUUUAAAGCUUGAGUCGGCAUCAUCAGUUACAAAGCACCAUGAAAGUAGCAUGGCAAUAUCCCCUGUUCAAAAUGUCCAAACACAAGAUCCCUGGAUUUCAGCUGCAAACAGUUUUUCUUCUCAUGCUGUUCCAUCACCAUGGCAAGACCAGACGCAGGUGGUUGAAGAGCUGCACCAGGCUCGCUCUGAAAAACUCCUGGAGGUGGAUGUGAUGCAAAGCUAUGGGGAGCUCACCUGCAUGGAGAUAGAUCCACCAGAAGAGGGCGCCACAGACUCAGAAUGUAAACAACUACCUCAGCAGGACAUUAUUAUCGUGCUGGACACCAACAUUCUCCUCAGUCACCUGGAUUGUGUGAAAAAAAUUGUGAGCCGUGGUUUAAAAGGGGUGGGCUUACCAGUGGUCCUUAUUCCGUGGGUCGUGCUUCAGGAGUUGGACUCUCUUAAAAGGGGGUGCGGCUUGUCUGGGUCUGUGGCUCACCUGGCCAUACCCGCCAUCUCCUACAUCUACAACUGUUUAAAGCGCAAAGAGAGCUCCCUGUGGGGCCAGUCCAUGCAGCAGGCCGCAGACAGCUCCAAUGGUCUCCACGCAGAGAAUAAUGACGAUCGCAUUCUGCAGUGCUGCCUGCAGUACCAGCGCCUGUAUCCAGAGUGCGCUGUCAUCUUGUGCACUAAUGAUAAGAACCUAUGCAGCAAGGCUCUGCUGAGUGGGGUCAAGGCUUACAGCAAGAAUGACCUGGAGACUGAAGUUGCCAGAUCCAAUGUCGGUUCCACUUUCCUGCAAAAUGCCCAAACUUCUACCACAACUCAACCUCACAGAAACAGCAUUUCAACAUUACCGCAAGGCAGCAUCAGUGUACAAACACAGGAGGUACACAGGCAAGAAGCAGCAAGCCUCUCAGGGAAGGAAGAUGACAAUCCACUAACCAAAAACGCUAGGAGAAGUAACUGGCACCUGAAUAGACUUGGGUGUGAGUUUGAAAACUGCCUGCAGGAGGCGCUGUCGAACGUGCUAGAAGCAGAGAUGAAGGCUGCAUUUGGUGACCUCUGGCAGGAGAUUGUUUUAAUAAAGCCUCCGUGGUCUCUUGACGACAUCCUGAACUGUCUGAAGAAACACUGGAUCGCUGUUUUUGGACAUGUGGCGCCACGGGCCAAACAGCAGAACGUCUUAAACCUCAUUCAUUUCUUCUCCACAGGUAAAGAUGCGGACCAGAAUUCUACUUUAGCAGCACUGCUUGACGCUAAGGACCUGUUAAAAGUAUUUGAGAAAAGUUCAAAUCGUAUUCCUGGUGCUCUUUCUGUCGUCAACAACAUCUUAAACACCCUUCAAACUCAGGGAGAAGCUACAGUCGAUGAUGUGGUUAUGAAUGAAGCAGAGGACGAGAAACAGACCUCAUCCCCUCAGGUCUCUCACAGCCAAGUCUGGGCCCUCUUUGAGAACAUUUGGGAGCAUGUUUAUCAAGCAAGCCUGAGCAUGUUCAAAGCCCUGGACUUUGACCCAAACGCCCCUGUGAGUACGCCCCCUGCAGGAGCCCCCCCGCCCCCUCAGGACCUCCUGCUGCGUCUGGACCAGCUCAUAUGCACCGUCUCACAGCUGCUGCAGACCUUUAGCAGCAUGUUGACAUCUCCUGGCAUAGCUGAAGCACAGAAUCUUCUCAGUCUUAUGCGAUCUAUUCAGAUUGCUGAUGCAGACAAACUGGCCGCCACAGAUCUUCUGAACUGCUUCUCACAACAAGAGUACAGGGAGAGGCUGAGAGUGGGAGGGAACCAGCUGAUGGAGGUGCGGUCGGUUCUGGAGCGCUGUUUGGACAUCAACAGUCAUCGUUACCCAGCCCAGCCCUGACUCUACACCAUAGACUGUAUUUAUGAAUGAACAUAACUAACGUGCUAGGUGCUGUGUUCCAAAUAGGACGUUCGCAGGCGGGUGAUUCCAGCUCCUACUGACCCUGGCUCCCACUGACUUACAUUGGAAUAUUGUGGUCACUCUCUCUGUAACUGCUGUUGUGAGGUUCAUCAUUUUGGACAUAGGACCUCAUUUCCUAGUGAGCCAGAGUGUUGGAGACGUGUGGAGACACUUUUUUAGAUAUUCCAUCCA